AGAUGUUUUACUCUGUUUUUAUCUCAGGAAGAGAAGGAAAGACUCUCUCUCUUGAGCGAUUCACCAGCGUAAGAUCAGAUGGCAGCACCUUUCACGUUGAGGAAGAUCGGGGUUCCGCCGAACUCAGCUAACCUGACGGAGGCUCGCCGCCGUGUUUUCGAUUUCUUCAGAGCUGCGUGUAGAUCCCUCCCCACCGUAAUGGACAUUUACAAUCUACAAGAUGUCGUCGCGCCUUCUCAGCUCCGCUUUGCGAUCUCUGCUCAGAUUCGUAAUAACGCUCACGUCACCGAUCCUAAGGUGAUUGAUCUCCUUUUAUUCAAGGGAAUGGAAGAGCUUACUGACAUAGUGGACCACGCAAAGCAGCGUCACCACAUUAUUGGUCAGUACGUGGUGGGUGAAGGGCUGGUGCAGAAUACCGGAAGCAAAGAUCAAGGGAAGUCUGAUUUUCUCAAGAACUUCUACACCAGUAACUACGUUUGAGCUGGUGAUUGUUUUCUCUACUGGAUUACCAAAUUCGAGAAUAAUUAGACAUUUUCAUUUGUAUUAAUUUCACCAAACAUUCAAGUUUUAUCUGUGACCUGUGCAAAUAAUGCUAUGAUUUCAAGAUACAUAAUCAGCUCUCUUUUCUUUCCAACUCUCAAUGUAAACUGAAUGUCUAUUUGACUUAUGAUGAUAAUACAAUCUAAAUUCCUGAAA